GCUCCGAAAACCUCAUCGUAAAGCGAAUUUGUCGUUAUGUGAAGCAAUCAUCUUGCGAGGCACCACUGUAGAAGGAUUUCGGAGGGGCUGAUCCUAGGUCACUUAUUUUUUCUUCUCAAUGCUGAAAUUAAUAAAUGGUGAUAGUUUUUGUCUCCUUUUUUCUCUUGCAGCCUGUCUUCCAUUUCUUUCUCGCUCUCUCUUUUUCCCCCCUAAGUUUUGGGACAAUGACCCUUUCUGGACUAAAGAGACAACCACCUUCAUUCUAGAUAUGGGCAGCCUUGUCUUCAAAACACGAGCACAGCUCGCAAACUACAGUAGACCUUGUACAGAACUCAAAGCUUGAAGCUCCAUGGAGUUGAGUCAGAAUUCCCUCUAGGGUGCUUUUUGAAACCCGAUCCUGCAGGUAUGGGUUGAUCUUUUGCCUCCAGAUGGCCCUGAAAACACAGAGCCAGUCUGACAAGUUACCAGGACUGCUAAUAUCAAACAUUCUUAAGAAAAUCAAAGGGAGGCAACAGGGUGGUUCUUAUUUUCUCCGUCUCUCAAUGGAGGUCCUCCAUCUGUGCCAUCAGGACUGUCUGCAUGCCAGAAUCACGAAAUGGGUCCAGAUAAUCCAUUUUCAUCCAAUAACACUUGGGAUUAGAGCUCCUCCAUGCUCUUGAGCACCUUGACCAAAAAGGAAAUACUAAUAACCAUUGCAACCUUCCAGAUCUAGGGAAAGUUUCUUAAAAGAGGUGUUGCAGCCAGUUCUGGCGUAGCAGCUGAAGCAGGUCCUUCUCUCAGUGACGCUUUAAAGAACCUCCUGAAGAAACCCAACGAGUCCCCUUCAGAUCAACAUCAUAAACAUUUCCCUUCUUUCGGACUUCCUGUUUGGAGUUUGACCUCGGCCGAUCCACUUGCAAACAAAUCUCUUGUUACAGGAGCGCAGCGGAUGAGUUCUGUGGAAGACUUAAGGAUGAACUUGACCGAUCUGAUCCCCAUGCGGUUGAGGGGCCGGGUGCUCGGCUUGCAGGUUAGGGACUCCGAGUUCCUCCUGGAGGAGAAGCCGUUCCGCAUCUUUGGUGGCUCGGUGCACUAUUUUCGGGUGCCCCGAGAAUACUGGAAAGACCGCUUGAUGAAGAUGAAGGCCUGCGGCUUGAACACCCUCACCACCUAUGUCCCCUGGAAUCUUCACGAGGCCGCAAGAGGAAACUUUGACUUCAGCGGGAACCUGGAUCUACAGGCUUUCCUUAGGAUGGCAGAAGAAGUUGGGCUGUGGGUGAUCCUCCGCCCAGGACCUUAUAUCUGCUCCGAAUGGGACCUCGGUGGGUUGCCCAGUUGGUUACUCCAGGACCCUGAAAUGCAGCUGAGGACAACCUACAAGGGCUUCACAGAGGCGGUGGAUAACUACUUUGACCACUUGAUGCCUGAAGUAGUCCAUCUUCAGUACAAAUACGGAGGCCCCAUCAUUGCUGUGCAAGUGGAGAAUGAAUAUGGCUCCUACGCGGAAGACCCAAGUUACAUGACGUAUAUAAAAAUGUCUCUGCUGAGCAGGAAGAUUGUGGAGCUCUUGAUGACGUCAGACAACACAGACGGGCUGGCCGCCGGCAAUGUGGAAGGAGCGCUGGCCACGAUUAACUUUCAGAAGUUAGAGCCGGGGAUCUGGACCUAUCUCAGCUCGGUGCAGCACAACAUGCCAAAGAUGGUGAUGGAAUAUUGGACUGGAUGGUUUGAUAGUUGGGGAGGACCCCAUAAUGUCUUCGAUGCAGAGGACAUGGUGCAAACAGUGAAAAGCAUCAUCAAGAUGGGAGCCUCCAUCAACCUCUACAUGUUUCACGGAGGCACAAACUUCGGUUUCCUGAAUGGAGCACUGCAUUUUAAUGAAUACAAGCCAACCAUCACCAGCUAUGACUAUGAUGCGGUGCUGACCGAGUCUGGAGACUAUACCUCUAAAUUCUUCAAACUGCGUCACCUUUUCUCAAAGAUCCUAGGGAGCCCAUUACCUCCGCCUCCUAUCAUUCUCAAUAAGGCAUCCUACGGCGCCAUCCUAAUGCAGCAGUAUAUCUCGCUAUGGGAAGUGCUGCCCUCUCUGGUAGAGCCUACCAAGUCCGAGUUCCCCCUUAACAUGGAGAAUCUCCCCAUCAACCAUGGCAACGGGCAAGCGUUUGGAUACACCCUCUAUGAGACCGUCAUACCUGGUGGAGGACGGCUGUCUUCUGAAGACCACGUCCGGGACAGAGCACAGGUGUUUCUUAAUACUCAGUAUAUUGGCCUCCUUGAUUACAACGCACAAGAACUGCUGAUUCCUAAUGGACAGGGAUAUAGGCAACUUAGGCUCCUGGUUGAAAACUGCGGGCGAGUCAACUAUGGGCGUAACUUGAACAACCAGCGGAAAGGCUUAAUUGGUGACAUCUCUCUCAACAAAACCUCCUUGAGGAACUUCAAGAUUUACAGCCUGGAAAUGAAACCCAGCUUCAUGGAAAGCCUACGUGGAUCUACUCCUUGGAGCGCUGUCCCGGACAGCGCCGUGGGCCCUGCCUUCUUCCGAGGAACCCUUCAAGUGCAAUAUAUGCCUCAGGACACAUUCUUAAAGCUCGAGGGCUGGGAAAAGGGAGUUGUGUUUGUCAACGGGCGGAAUCUCGGUCGCUAUUGGAAAAUUGGUCCUCAGGAAACACUUUACCUCCCAGGGACCUGGCUCCAGGAGGGACACAACGAGAUCAUUGUUUUCGAAGAGCGUGCUGCAGGCCGAAUCGUCCAGUCAACGGAUUUGCCCUUCCUAGGGAGCAUCCAGUACGUGAGCUGAGCUGAAGAGGGUGCGCCACGUGCCUGCUCUGCCUUCCAGCUGCUUCGUCUUGAACAUUUGCAGAGGGCCAGCUCCUGAAAUGAAUUUGUGGGGCAGGAAAGCCUGGGUGCGGGCAAGGAUUCCCCUCCUUGUUCCUCCACGAAAUCCUCAUGAAGGGUUUGCCCCCUGUUGAUGAAUUUCCUAGGUAUGAGUGAUCAGUAACGAAAUUAGGAGGUUGACUCCAAAUAACAUGAAAUGGGACAGAAAGCCCAUCUAGGAACCGUUCUUUUCUGGAGUUCAACCCUACUGCUGGCGUCUUGCCCCAGCUGUAACGAAAAGAUGCUGAGGAUGUAGCAAUGUGGCAAAGCCCAUCAGGGAUCACUGACUUUCAGAAGCUGACCUGAAGUGAUUCAAUUUGAACUGGGCUCCUUCUCGGACUUUCCAGACGAAACCCUUGCUACUGUGAAGAAUAGGGGAUUUUUUAAAUUCUGUUUUUAGACCCUGUUUUGCUGAUUGUUUGGGCAGAGUAAGAAUGUAACCGUUACCCUUUUGCAUUAAUCUGAUAGUCCAAGCCACAGGAGCUAAAGAAAGACCACCCAAAGAGCCACCUCAGGUUUGUCCUACAAAUGCCAGGAAUGGGUGGAGAGAUCUGUGCAAGCCAUGUGGGAGGUUGCACGUGGAAGGUUGCACGUGACUCUUGAGGAUUUGCACACUUGACAGUUCUAUGUCAAGAGUGCAUGAAGAACCUCCAUAGCCCAGCCAUAUGUUCUCCCCACUAUGGGCAAGAGGGUGCCGGUGGAUGGUUUUCCAUGUGCUAAUCUGCUGGUACUAUGUUAGUUAGAAAUCUUAACACAGAUGCAUUGUUAUUGGGGGGAGGGUCUGUUUUAUGAGAAGCUGGCUGUAGCUGACUGUCCAGAGCCAAAAGAGACUAGAGAAGCUUCUGGAAACAGGUGCAUCCUGCAAAAGAGAAAGCUGCCCUAUCAUCUGUUUUCAGGAAGUACACCAAUUACGUUUAGAUCGAGGCAAAAAAGGCAGUGGAGUUCUGGUCAUCCCUACAUCCAGGUGCAUAGAAAGGGAUAGAGGGGGAGCUGAGAACAGCACAUACUGGGUUUAUCCAAGCAAGUUCGGAGUAGUGCCAUGUAUUUUUAAUAGAGGUGUGUGUUUUUUGGAUUCUUAGAAUUAUGGGAUUUCCAGACCACCCACCCACCUCUAGAGACACACCUACAUUUCGCUCACCUGGAGGAGGCCUGUUUCAAAGCUUCAUGCCCUAGCUUCCUGUUUUAAACAAAAAGGAAGCAAUGCCAGUGCUACCUGGGAGUCCUAGGGGGUUUCCUGCAAAGCUCUUCUAUAGGCCGUUUAUAAAGGCUAAAGGGUGGCAAGACUACAUCUCCCAGAAGGCUCUAGGAUUCCCAGGUAGUAGUUGGUCAGCUUCCUUUUUUUAACAGGAAGCUAGAUCAGAACUAGGCCAUGGAACCUUCGAACAAGGCCUUCUCCAAGUGGACAAAAAAAAAAUAACUAUUUCUAGGUGUUGCUGUGUGGCUGGGACCUCCAAAAAAUCCGAAUGGCACAUCCCUAUGGUUUAACAGUCCCCUUUCACAGAGUAGGACGUUACAGCUGUUCCCAAUGGAGCAUCUCCACAUGUCUUGGACUACAGUUCCCAUCCUCCCUAGCCAAUGUGGCCAUGGGCUUGGUGUCUGGGAACGAUGGGCACUUUAGUGCUUCAAGAAAGUGCAGGUUGGGGAGGGCUAAAUAGGGAUCUCGGGAAGAAGCCGCCUUGGCUGUCAUUCUUUAUUACAUGUUUCCUAUGAAAACAGUGGCUAAAUCUCAGGCAGAACCUAGCUCAGAAAUGCCACGUUUUGGACUACAACUCCCAUAACAGCCUCCCCUGACAGCAUGGCUCCCGGCCAAGCUUGAUGGAGGGCUCUGGAAGUUCUGACUUGGAAAGCUACGUAUCCACGCUCAUUCCUGAACAGACCAGGUUGCCACCACCUUUUGCUGCAUCAUCGAAAGCCGUCAUGGCUUCGUGCCUAUGAGUCCUCAGGGCUGCAUCACCUGUGAGGGGGCGGGGGUGGUGGUGCAAGGUCUUCUGCCUCUUUCAGCCUCUUUCUCCUGCUGAAAUGCCUCCUGCUUGUAGCCGUGAGACUGGGGCAGCCUUUGACUAGACCGUCGUCUUGAAAAGGGCUGCGCUUCCCUCUCUUGCAGGCCUAACGACUCUUCAAAACACUUAGCCUACAGAGAGGAUGCAAGAAACGGAGGCGUUGGCAGGGACAGGCAUCGUAUGUCCAUUGGUCAGCUGGAGUGCCCAGCAAUUUCCAACGCUAGCUAGCCGUUCGUAAAAAAAUUACUUUCGCUUAAAGGAAGGAAAAAGGACAUGGCUGAAAAAGCAUAAGCCUGGUGUGUAGACAGCCCAACCUUCCAGAUGUUUGGGGGCACAAGUCUCAGCCAGGGUAGCAAAUGAUCAAGAAUUCUAGGGUCUGCUGCCCCAGAGCCUAUAGGGCAGUGGUCCCCAACCUUGGGCCUCCAGAUGUUCUUAGACUUGAACUCCCAGAAAUCCUGGCCAGCAGAG